AAGUGAAACUAGAAUAUGUGUAGUAACGAGUUGGAAUUAUUUACAACCAAUUCGGUGAAAAUUAAUGAUCAUGAGUUCGUUUUUGAUGACUCCAGUUCAAUAUACUGAGCCGAAAUUCCCUCCUGCCGAUGAGUUUUCACAACAAAGUUAUAUUCCAAAUCAUGGAACUGACUACUAUAGAAGUAAUUUUCAAACACAUUACGGAUUUCCAGAUCCAAGAAGGUAUGAUGAGGAAAAAUAUACCCCAAAUCAGUAUGGAGGCUGUACUAACAACGAACCUGUGUCACCGCCACAACCCUCACCCCCCGUCUCUAACCAUGGCGGGGGUGGGGGAGGGACAAUGAAUGGAUUUGGCUCUUCACAGUCCUCUACUCCUAGCCCCCCUCCCGUCCCUUCUCCAGAUGGAAAUUCCUCACCCCUCUCACAGAGUUCUUGUGCCCAGCAACAGUCUGAUGGACAGCCAGUCAUAUACCCCUGGAUGAAGAAAAGUCAGGGAAACAACCCAGGUAACAACUUAGUUUCGGAAUCAAAACGGAACCGAACUGCCUACACUCGACACCAAAUUCUGGAAUUAGAGAAAGAAUUCCAUUUUAAUCGUUAUUUAACGCGGAGGAGGAGAAUUGAGAUCGCUCACACCCUGUGUCUGUCAGAACGACAAAUCAAAAUCUGGUUUCAGAACAGAAGAAUGAAAUGGAAAAAAGAACACAAACUACCAAAUACAAAAACAAGACUAAUGGAAGCCGGAACCGGGCUUCUAGAUCCGACUCAUCACUUUACUCAUAUGCUGGGACAUCCGGAUUUAACCCCAAUCUAGUCAAUGAUUGUGUUCAUGAAAACCAAAUCCGCUAUGUCGUUAGUUCAAAGGAAACUUUGUAAAUCCAGUGUGAUUGUGAAAAGUAUGAAUGUGCUGACUUCACCAAAGAUUUUUGUUGAGAAAAUCUGGACUAUGAUAUCAUACUGAAGUGUAUGAUGAUAUGCAGCUUUGCUGUAUAAAUAGCAUAAUAAUUUAUACAAAUUCCGUUCCUAUAUUGCCCUGUGUCAAAUAAAUUGACAGAAUUAGAAGGUGCUUUUUAACACUGAAAAUUAACACCAGUAAGAUUAUUUUAAUACUUGUGUUGGCAGAGGGUUGUCCUGUAUUAUUCAAUAUAUCCACAUGAAUUACAAAUCCGCUAUGUGAAGUAUUACUACAAAACCAAAGAUUAGCCUCUGUUUUUAUUUAUAUACUUUGUAUAUAUUGUUGUUGUACAGGCUAUUGAUUAAUAUCUAAAUCAAAGUGAUUUAUUGUCCAUCUCCUACUUACAAGUAGUAGGUAAACCUUUACAUAUCAUGGCUAGCAUUGAUACAUGUAUACAUGCAGCUGAAACUCUUGAUGAAAUUUUAGAAUAUUUAAUUAAAAACUGAAAAAAAUAAUAUAGUAAGAUUUUUUUCUUAACAAAAAUGUAUUUUAAAAGACUUCUAAAAUUUAAUGUCAUCGAUGACUGGAUUUUUUUUUGUUCAGAACAAAUUGUCGUUCUUUAAUUGCUCGGAUAUUUUAUUUCUUCAUAUUGGUUCUUUGAUUUCACUUCUAAAAGUGUUUCUAUCAUAUCCAGAAUCACGACAAUCAAAUGUCUGCAGAAUUCACAAUUACUAGAAAUCAUAUACAAGUAGAAAUUAAAAAAAAUCACAUGGUUCAGAUUAAACAGUAUUUUAAAAAGGACUAGCUAUUUUAGGUGUCUAUUAAUUUCAACUUCUUCUUAGUACUAGCUAUAUAUUAAGGUAAUCUUCAUUAAUUUUCAAUUAAUAUUUGUGUCACAUGUCUACAAAAUAAUUAUUUUACAAUCUGCAAAAGUUUAUGUAUUGUUUAAGCGUGUGUUACUGACACACUUGUCUGCUAGCCAAAUGAGUGACAAUACUUUGUUCGAAAUGAAUAAAGCCAUGAUUUUUUUAUAUUA